ACAUUUCACAAUUAACAACAAAAUGACUCUCUUUGAAGUUAAAGGAUGGGAAUUGAAACAGGAAAAGAUCGCCGUAGGUGGUGUUGUAUCUAAGAAGAAAGCAAAAAAGGAAAAGAAAGAAAAGAAGAGACAGGCAGAAGCAGAAGCUAACGCUGCUGUCCAAAAUGCUGAAACUGCAGCCAUUACUGAAGUUGUUGCAAAUGACCAAGCUGAAGAAAAACCUCAAGAAUCCAAAAAGAGAAAGGCUGAUUCAGAGCAUACUCAAACUAAGAAACUGAAAACUAAGCAAGUGGAAGCCCCAGCUCCAAUAGUAAGCACCACAACCAAGUUGACCCCACUUCAACAAAAAAUGAUGGCCAAGCUUAGCGGGUCCAGAUUCAGAUGGAUUAACGAGCAGUUAUACACAAUCAGUUCUGAAUCUGCAUUAGAACUUAUUAAAUCUCAACCAUCAUUAUUUGAUGAAUACCAUGCCGGAUUCCGCUCUCAAGUUGCAUCAUGGCCAGAAAACCCUGUAGAUGUAUUUGUUAAACAGAUCAAGACCAGAGCUACUACCAGAAAUGUGAAUGCUCCUGGUGGAUUACCUGGGUUGGCCAAUAGAAAGGUUGUUGUUGCUGAUAUGGGAUGUGGAGAAGCUCAACUUUCACUUGAUGUUUCCAAGUUCUUAGCUCAACACAAUAAGAAGAACAAACGUAAGUUAGAUAUUCAAGUUCACAGUUUUGAUUUAAAGAAACACAACGAAAGAAUCACCGUAGCUGAUAUCAAGAACGUCCCACUUCCAGAUGAAUCAUGUACCAUUGUUAUAUUCUGUCUUGCUAUGAUGGGAACAAAUUUCUUGGAUUUUGUCAAUGAAGCAUAUAGAAUCUUAGCACCAAACGGAGAAUUAUGGAUUGCAGAAAUAAAGUCAAGAUUUACCGAGAGUGGGAACAAUGCUAACCCCGAAGAUGUGGGCCAAGAAUUUGUCGAUGCGUUAAAACUUUGUGGCUUUUUUCAUAAAUCCACAGAUAAUUCCAACAAGAUGUUUUCCAGAUUCGAAUUCUUUAAGCCUUCAAAGGAAAUCAUCGAACUGAGAAACGCAAAAUUACAAAGAAAGAAACGAUUUAUUGAGCAAGAAACCGAUAAAGAAAAGUUGGAAACUAAGAGACAGGAAAAACCCGAGGGUGAAUGGUUAUUAAAACCAUGCAUAUACAAAAGGAGGUAACCAGUAAAUAGAAGCAAAUAGCAAACUUUAAAUUAACAAAUCAGGCUUUGCCGAUCGUUCGAUCUUCCCUUGGUAAGUUGCAAACUUUAAAAGCUGGCAGUUGGAUAUUAAUGGUAAGUUGGAUCCCAUUGUUUGACUAGUCACGUGACGUAAAUUUCCUUAUUAAGUAACUGCUGCCAGCGGUCUUGCAGCCUCUUUCAUCCCAGCCAACGCC